GGUGGCGGGCCUGGCGGCUAUCAGUACGCACAGAGUGGUCCUGGUGCUCUCUACGGCCCUUACCCGGGGGCAGCCACGGCGUCGGGCUCCUGCGGCGGCCUGGGCGGCCUUGGAGUGCCUGCCACCGGGCUGCGCGCCCAGGUCUAUCUCUGCAAUCGGCCCCUGUGGCUCAAGUUUCACCGGCAUCAGACGGAGAUGAUCAUCACUAAGCAGGGCAGGAGGAUGUUUCCUUUCCUAAGCUUCAACAUUAAUGGACUUAACCCCACAGCCCACUACAACGUGUUUGUGGAGGUGGUGCUGGCUGACCCCAACCACUGGCGAUUUCAGGGGGGCAAAUGGGUGACGUGUGGCAAAGCUGACAACAACAUGCAGGGCAACAAAAUGUAUGUUCACCCUGAGUCUCCCAACACUGGCUCUCACUGGAUGAGGCAGGAAAUCUCCUUUGGAAAACUGAAACUCACCAAUAACAAAGGCGCCAACAACAACAACACCCAGAUGAUCGUCCUGCAGUCUCUUCAUAAGUACCAGCCCCGGCUUCACAUUGUCGAAGUGACAGAGGAUGGUGUGGAAGACCUUAAUGAUUCCUCCAAGACUCAGACAUUCACUUUCUCUGAAACCCAGUUCAUUGCUGUGACAGCUUACCAGAACACUGAUAUCACUCAGCUGAAGAUUGACCAUAAUCCAUUUGCAAAAGGUUUCAGGGACAACUAUGAUUCCAUGUACACCGCUUCCGAAAAUGACAGGUUAACUCCAUCUCCCACGGAUUCUCCUAGAUCCCAUCAGAUUGUACCAGGAGGCCGCUACGGGGUUCAGUCCUUCUUCCCGGAGCCUUUCGUCAACACUUUACCUCAAGCAAGAUAUUAUAACAGCGAGAGAACCGUCCCCCAGACCAAUGGUCUCCUUUCCCCCCAGCAAAGCGAAGAGGUCUCCAACCCUCCCCAGAGAUGGCUCGUGACUCCCGUGCAGCAACCUGGAGGCAACAAACUGGAUAUAAGUUCCUACGAGUCAGAGUACUCUUCUAGCACCUUGCUGCCCUAUAGCAUUAAAUCCCUGCCCCUCCAGACGUCCCAUGCCCUGGGCUAUUACCCUGACCCUUCCUUCCCUGCAAUGGCAGGCUGGGGGGGCCGAGGCUCUUACCAGAGAAAGAUGGCAGCCGGGUUGCCAUGGACAUCCAGAACCAGCCCUCCUGGUUUCUCUGAAGAUCAGCUCUCCAAAGAGAAAGUUAAAGAAGAAAUUAGCUCUUCCUGGAUAGAGACGCCCCCUUCCAUAAAGUCUCUCGAUUCCAAUGAUUCUGGGGUGUAUACUAGUGCUUGCAAGAGAAGGAGGCUCUCUCCCAGUACCUCCAGCAAUGAAAAUUCCCCAUCGAUAAAGUGUGAGGACCUAAAUGGAGAAGAUUAUAGCAAAGACACUUCCAAAGGCAUGGGCUACUAUGCCUUCUACACGAGUCCCUAG